AUGAAGAGCUGGUUGGAAGCCAGUGGCAUGGAAGACGGGUCCUUGUCUUGUCUACUAUCAGAGCCACGGGAAGCAUUGCUCCCCAUCACAGGAAGAGAAAAUUUGGCUCCAAGGAAAAGGGACAGAACAUUGGAGCCUUGUGCGCUUUCGGAGGAGGCCUACCUGUCAAGCAGUGCAGGUUCCCCUUGUGCGGGUCUCUCGAGAGAAGAACGUCGCAGACGGCGCCGGGCCACCCUGAAGUACAGAACUGCCCACGCCACAAGGGAAAGAAUCCGGGUCGAAGCUUUCAAUGCAGCAUUUGGCGCUCUCAGGAGAUUACUACCAACGUUACCACCAGACAAAAAAUUGUCAAAAAUCGAAAUUCUCAGACUAGCUAUAUGUUACAUUGCUUAUCUCAAUCACGUGUUGGAUGCGUAAGUCAUAAUUCUGAUGAUAAAACCUAAUCAGUUAAUGUGUUAAAUUACCAUCAUUUGUUAGUCCUGGCAGGUGUGGCUGGACAAAAGACUAGGUCGGGACUAGUCACAUUACUGCUGUAGAGU